AUGCGUGAAGGGAUUGCUACUUUGCAAUCCCUUUACGAGCGCGCUGGGAGCUCGUUUUCCGAUGGUCCUUCACCAUCGGGUGCCCCUUGUCGUACUGUUCGACAAGGCCGGGAACGUCGGCUAUCAGUUGGGCCCGAGGUUCCCAGCUAUCCGCCGAAGGCGGAUAGCCACGCCACCGGACGAGAUAACUCGUCCGACGUCCCUUCACCUCGCGGUGCUUUAGGAAAACCCUGUCCGAUUCUUUCAUCGGACUUGGCUGCUGAGUUAGACGGGUUUGCCCGUGUAACUCGUGAGCUCCGUUGUGAUGUUGAUCACGAACGAGAUAAGCGUCGCCGCUUAGAGGACAUUGUGCGACAGCUUGGGUUUGACCAUGAGAGGUCUCGGGCAAACAAUGCUGUCGCACUAUUGGAGAAUGAACGGCUGCUUCUUUCUCUGAGUAACGAGCUGGCGACAGCUCGUCAGGAGAUCGUCCAAUAUCAUGGGAAGAUCUCAUCUCUACACGACCAGAUAUCGAAUCUGGUUCGUGACAACAAGAAUAUGAAGGGGAUUCUUGAGAGUAAUGGCUAUCUUCGUCGUUCGAAGAAGCCGCGUACUGAACGUACGGACGAAGACGUCCCACGUAAAACGUAG